CUGGCUCUGGCUGCGUCAGCUUGCUGUCGCAGACACAUCCAAGCGCCCACACCUGCCUGACACAGCGCAUCCAGCUUUCCCGGCCGACCGAAAUGAACAACAUCAAAGCCAUCGCCAAGAUCAACUCGGCAGAACUUGGACUUCAAAUCAACGACAGGGCGUCCUGGCAUGCCGAAUAUUCGGACUCGGCAUGGACCUAUGUCGGCGGGAUGCCGUAUACAUUUACCGAAGGCGACAUUAUCCAGUUCAUGUCCCAAUACGGCGAAAUCGUCGACAUGAACCUGGUUCGGGACAAGGACACGGGCAAGAGCAAGGGCUUUGCGUUCGUGGCAUACGAAGAUCAGCGGAGCACCAUUCUGGCCGUCGAUAACCUGAAUGGCAUCCAGCUCGGCGGCCGAACUAUCCGUGUCGAUCACGUUGCGAAAUACCGCGGCCCCAAGCGCAAGGAGGACGACGACCCCGACGAGAUUGCCGAGCUGGAGCGCGAGCGCAAGCUCCAGAUCCUGCCGCCGCAUCUCCGCCCGAAGCGGACAGACGAGGAAUCCAGCAGCGACUCAGAUGCUGACGGUAUCGAUCUGGAGGAUCCUAUGCGCGACUAUCUCCUGGCCGAGGCCAAGAAGUCAAAGAAGGCCAAGAAGGCCAAGAAAGACAAGAAAGAAAAGAAAGACAAGAAAGAAAAGAAGGACAAGAAGAAUCAGGACAGGGGCGACCGACACCACUCUGCGCACGGCCCGGCCGACGAAGCCAUCGGUCUCGAUCAAGGUCCCCUCGACGCAGAUACUCUCGAAGCCCCUCAGAUUCCAGAGACUCAUACUGGCGACGAGGUAGCCCGGCUCGCUCGCGGGACUAUGGCCGAGAUCGAGAGCGCGACCACGGCCGCCGAUAGCAGCCUCGAAGUAUUGGAAUGGAACGACUGAUGUGGCUGUGGGUGGCAGCGAUGGCCGGCUGGGUGCAUCUGCUUUCAUCCGCCCCUCGGAGUCGCGCAGGCUGUGAUGUAUGUUUAUCAGCCAAUCCAAUAAAAACAGGUUUUGGUCGUUGAACAA